AUGAAGCGCCCGCGAGGCCGCCCGCGCAAACACCCGCCCAAGGAACCCACGCUUCCAAAGCGCGGGCGCGGGCGGCCGCGCAAGGACUCGGGAGUGCAGGAGGUGCAGGAGGUGCAGGGCGGGCGGGCGCUGGAGUACCCGAGCUUGCCGAAGCGGGGCCCGGGACGGCCGCCGAAAGACCCGACGUUGCCGAAGAGAUCGCCAGGGCGGCCGCCGAGUGACUCAACUUCACCCAAGCGAAAACCGGGACGGCCGCCUCGAGACCCGAGCGUGCCCAGACGAAACCCCGGUGGGCCGUUGGGCCGCACGGGCACACAGAGCGAGUCUCCUGCCAGCUCCAGCUCGCUGGAGCCGAGAGUCCUCCUGGUUCCAAGUGGCGAGGACGUAGCGGCGCGGAUAUUCAUGCUGUCGUGUGAGGAGGGCAAGGCGGUGUGUGUGCUGUCCGCCAAUGGCUCCGUGCUCCCGCCCUCCCUCUCUGACGGUGUCACUGCCCUGCCUGCCACGCCACAUGCGCCGCAUGGGAGGGCUCACUGUCACUCUUGUUGGCGCCGACGGCCGUUUGCUGGGGGGCACUGUGGCCUCCCCUCUGCUCGCCUUCUCCACCGUGCAGGUGACGGUACUACUUUUUCCAGUUGA